GAGGCCGCUCGCUCGCUCGCUCGCUCGCUCUAUUCCUCUCGCUCCCUUCUUCUCAAAUAUCCAACGCCCUUCGAGACUUCGCCCAAUUUUCCCCCUUUUUCUGAGUCGAUUCCGUGAAAGGAGUUCGUGGAAUUCGGUUUUGAUAAAGGAUUCGAGAAAGCUUGUAAUGGGACACCGUGUAACCCUAAACAGGAGGAAAUGGUGUAGAAUAACUCGAAAUUCCAACCUGAAGUACUUGGGAUGAGUUCUUCUCAAUUUGGUUUAUCAAACUGCUGUGAACAUUGAGGGUUGUGGAUUAAGGAAAAAGUGAUUUCUCAGGGGCAGAAUGAUAGGUAAAAGAGUGUUACUAACAUACAAACGUAAGCGCUUCUCAUCUCAGCCUCAUCAUGGUAAAGGAAUUACUGCUGAUUCAACUUCAAAGUCUCCAACCGGUAUACUUCUAGAGAUAUCAAGCCAAGAAGCUGAAUCUGGUGCUGACAAUGAGAAGCUGAACAAAGACAAUACGCAUUGCUCUAGAUGUGGUUCUGUUGAUGUCAAUGAGAACCUGCUGGGCUGCGUUAGAUGCUUAAGGAAUUAUCAUCUGCGAUGCAUCAGCCCCCUUUCGAAGUGUAUUCCUCAGGAAAAAUGGCAAUGCUCAGCUUGUAUCAAAAGUCAUGAAUUCGAGGAGUCUAUGCAGCAGCAAGUUCAAGAGACUAAUGAAAAUAAGAAAAAUAAAAGCAUUGAGGAGUCUGAGAUUGGGCCAAUUGAACUUCAUUCACAUAAAAUGGUGUUAAGUACAAGACCAUUUGGGGACAGCUCCGCGAAGACAAGUUCCUCCGCAAAUGAUGCAUCCUUUAACAAGAUUAAAAACAUUGUACGGACAGAUGAAUCAUACACAGAUUCUGGUUCAGCAUGCAAGGUCCCAUGCACUGAAGGGAGUUCAAGCUCUAAAGUAACAGACUUGGAGAUUGUAGGAAGAUCAAAUCCCAUAUGUUUGGAUUCAUUAACUGAAAGAAAAAGUAAUUCUGGAUUCCCAGAGGACUGUGUUUCUGUUUUGUUGAUUUCAGAUAAAAGAGAGAGUUUUUUAUGCAAUGAACAACGUCCAAAAGAUAAUUGCAGUACUCCCUUGAUUACCUUUUCUAGGAGAGUGAGAAAAAAGCGUGAUGUAGGCGAGAAAUUUAUGGGAGGAAAUCUGAGGGCUGAGGAGAUACAGUGUUCAACAUGUACCUGGAGCAAAAUAGGACCUAGUUGUAGAUGCGAAGGAUCAAUCCCAGAAUGCAACUUCAUGGAUCACUCGACUAAAGCUGUUUUACCAGAACAAGCUGACUGUAGACCGUUGCAUGUGGUUCAACAAGCCAUGAUGGCUGAUGUCGGAAAAGAUGCUGGAGUUGAAUCUGGACAUGCAGAUGCCCUUGCGACAAAAAAUGCUGGGGACACUGGUGACAAAUUAUCUCUUCAAUGCUCUCAUAUUCUAGAGAAACCAAAUGUGAGCCAUCAGUAUCCAUUGCCUUCGCAGCCUGCGCGACAUGUUCCUGAGGACCCAUCAGAAAAACUCGCGGCUGCACAUACAACUGAUGUCAUCAGAGACUCCAUUUUAGUGCAUGGGUGUAGGGUAUCGAGCUCAUUGGGAAAUAAGUUAGUUGGUACUACAAAUAGCUCUGAGAAAGCAAUCACCCUACAUGGUGUUUCAAAGGACAGGAGUCACCUGAGUGAUUUGGAAUUUUCUAUUGCCCCUCCUACAUCUAAUAGUCUAACUAAGAUAGAAUCAAGUAAAUCAACAUCGAGUGUCCUGCCUGAAAAUCUCCUGGAGUCCCAAAGUUCAUUAGCUCGAAGUUAUGGCAUCAUUAUGGCAGAUAAGGAAACCGAUGGAAAAGUUGAUGAACUCAAAUGGCUUGAAACACUUGAUAAAGAACUGCAGGAUACGAAAAAACAAAGAAGUAUAUGCUCAUCCUUGGAGCAAAGUGUUAUCAACUGCGAACAAGCAUCUAAUGGAAGGGCUUCUUCUAUGUUUCCAAUCGGUUCAUCUGUGAAGAGUCGACAUGAUCAGGAUGCAUCUAGGGAGUUCGAGAAUCAGAUAACUGGAUCACAUGGAAGAGCAUAUUUAACAAAAUCAGUUGAGACUGGCUUUGAAAAGCAACGACAUGAAGAGACGACAAAUAAAUCUUCUUUUUCUACCGGUUUUUUAGGUCUAUGGAAUUCAGAGGGACCUGAUGUCUCUGUUAAGGAUUUCCAAAGCAUGCAUUCAUCGUUGAAUUUCAGUAUUAAAGACAGUGUUCAUGAAUACAACAGGAGAUUUCCAUGGCCAAGCGUUGGCGUGAAUGCAUCUGUAUCAAAGCAAAAGCAGAUAGUUGACAAUAUUAUAACUGGCUCACAGAUGUUAGAAAAGAGACAAGCCCCUCUGUUAGAUAAGUUUAAGAGGAAUGCAAAUGAAUGGUCAGAAGAAGAAUUAGAUUUUCUUUGGAUUGGUGUGAGAAGAUACGGAGUUAACAAUUGGAAUGCAAUGCUAAGGGAUCCAAAACUUUGCUUCAUGAAAUCAAGAGGCGCGGAGGACAUCGCUGAGAGAUGGAAUUUAGAGCAAAGAAAGCUUCUGAAUGGCGCACUACUCCAGCCAGGAAGACUGUCUGUACGAGAUCUUUCCCUGCCUCCUUUUAUGAAUGAUUCUUGGCUAGCAAAACCGUCAUCAAGUAACCACAAUGGUGGGAAUGGUGCCUGGUCAGGAUGUUCAGAAUUCCCAAUGCUCGCAGCUGAGCCUCAACUUUCUCUGGGAGACGCAUACCUUAAGAACGAGAACACCUCAAGGAGAAAUCCACUUUACUCGUUAGGCCUGGGCUCAGCCAAUCCUCUCACAAGUGUGAGCCCGCCCGCUGAUUCCAUCCAAUGCAGCUUCCCGGUAGGUUCUUCUUACCUAGGGUCAGGACUCGAUAACCAUAAAUCUUUCAAUGUUCAUAACACAAGGUAUGACUAUGAAUCAUCUUCUUCGCACCAAAAGCCAGUUGAAAGGCUGACUCAGGAUCGCCAACUGACGAGUCUGCCAGCAAGUAAUCUCCCUCAUUGGCUCAGAGAUGUGUUGAUCCCACAAGCAAAGCCAAGCAAUUCAACAUUGCCUCCUCCUGUUUCAGCCCUUGCACAAUCUACAAGCAUGCUCGGUAAUGACACGAGAGUGGAGCCAACUGCUCCACCUAAAGAUUCCCGGGGACGGGGAAUUCUGAAGAGAAAGAACGUCACAUCUGGUAAUCAUGCCAGCAUUGCGAUGGUGUCUGAAAGAUCGGUAUCUACGAGCAAGCAUCGGAUGGGGAAACGACCUGGCGCUUUCCCAACCCUGGUUGGGAACUCUCAGACGCCUACAUCGGUGAAUACAGGUUCGAGUCUGAAUGGUGUAUCCAGUUUGAAUAAGAAUUCAGGUCCUGUCGGACCAAGUAACUUGGUUGUCAUUGAUAGCGAUGCAUCUUCUGAGGAGACAAUAUCGGACAGCUAGUUCGUUCUGUAAGAAACGGCACUGCGGUUGGUAAGUUGUACAGGGUUUUGUUGAGCCUGUACAGUUUUUCUAUAUUAUAAAUGACCUGUUAAUUUUGUUGUCCCCGGCCUAUUCUUUUAGGAACUAAUCCCAUCUCUUCUUGUUCACUUUUCA